AUGCUCCGUGCAAUCACUCACCGAACCCUCCGAAUAAUCUCCCCAGGAUGCAUCAAGAAUCCCGCCUCUCACCUCCACACAACCGUAACCAAUAAAACCGCAAACGAAACUUGUGACCCCACACCAGUUGUCGUAGUUCUGUGCGGCUGUGGUGGCCUCGAUGGUACAGAGAUAUCCGAAUCCAUUUCUCUCGCUAUAAAUCUCUCACACCAUAAUUUCUAUCCAAAAUUCUUUGCUCCCGACAUGGAAAUAUGCGGUGUCGUCGAUCACUUGACGAAGGAGCCUGAUACGUGCGGUCUACCGAGAAAUGCACUAGUCGAGGGGGCACGACUAGCCAGAUCGUCCAUAAAAUCACUGAGCGAUUGUAAAGCACUGUGCGGCGAAGCCUUGAUUAUUCCCGGGGGUUUUGGAGCUGCACGGACCAUGAGUGACUUUGCAUCGAAGGGAGCUGAAUGUGCCCUCAUACCCGACUUGAAGCGAGUCAUCGAGGAGUUUAAUUGUGAGAAGAAACCCAUAGGUACUAUGUGUAUUGCGUCAGCUCUUGUUGCCAGAGUUCUUGAAGGCGUCAAAGUCACCCUUGGAAAGGAAGGAUCUAAGGAAGACUGGCCUUACGCUGAGGCUAUCCGCAGAGUCAAGGACAUGGGCGCGAAAGUCGAGGAGCAGGAUGUAAAAGGUGUUACCUAUUGUGAGAAGUACAAUGUGUACUCCACACCAGCGUGGAUGUACUCACGAGCCACGUACCACGAGAUUCACCAAGGCAUUGGGAAUAUGAUUGCGGAAAUGAAGAAGAAAAUUGUUCGCUAA